CCUCUGUCUACAAAUGUAUUCCUGUAUAAGUGGAGGAGGCCUGACUUAUGGAAUUGAUAUCGAAAUAGUGAAAUCACCAUCUACUUCAUCAAGAACAUCACAUUCCUCUUCUCCUUCCUCAACUCUCUCUGAAUCAAGCAACUCUUCACCUAGAAUCUCCACUCGAAAACCUCGAACACCUCGAAAGCGUCCAAACCAAAGCUAUAAUGAAGCUGCAGCCCUGCUCUCCACAAUCUAUCCCAACAUUUUCUCCACUCAAAACCUCAGAAAACCCUGCAGACACACCAAACAGUAUGAUUUCUUCUCCGAUGAAUUCCCUGAAUUGCUUCCUCCCUCUCCUCGCAUCAUCGACAAUGCUGGUUUCCUUCUCGACCAACAAGUCCCUGAUAAACCCACUUUCCAAAUAAAACCGAAACCUGCACAUUCAAGUGAAAAGCCAUGUCAAAGCCUUCCGGAAAUUGAUUCCCUGCCGAAUUCUGCAAGACCAGGAGACAAGUAUGAGGAGGACUUUGACGCCGAAUCGAUACUGGAUGAGGAGAUGGAAGAGGGUAUUGACAGUAUCAUGGGGAAUCUCAGUGUUAACAACGAUUCAUAUGAUGAUUCCAAUACUUGUUCUUACAAUGGCCAAUUCAAUUUUUAUUCUGGCAAUCAAAUGGGAUUGGGAUUUGGCAGGAAAUUCGGACUGGGAUAUCCCAUUGAUGGUGGAGUGAGAGCAUUGAGACAUGUAGAUGAUGGAGAUUGGUGGAGAUUUCCUAUAGUUGAUGUUCUUCAAAUCUCACCCAAAUUGAACAAAGUCUCAUCACAGAACAAGAAGAAGAAGAAGAAGAAAUCGGAACACAAGGAAGAAGUGAAGAAUUCUGGAUCCUGUAAAGAGAAUCACUCGAUCUCGAAUACGGGUUUGUCUUUGAAAUUGAAUUACGACGAGGUUCUGAAUGCUUGGUCGGAUCGAGGGUCACCGUUCUCCGAAGAAAUUCCGGUGACAUUCUCUUCGGGCUCCGAUACUCUUGCCAGGCUGAAGCAGAUUGAUUUGUUCCCGGAGAACAACGGAGGGGUGAGGGAAGCAAGUGUGAUGCGGUACAGGGAGAAAAGGAGGAGUCGUCUCUUCUCUAAAAAGAUCAGAUACCAGGUUCGGAAAGUCAAUGCAGAUCAACGGCCCAGAAUGAAGGCAAGGGCGAUUUGCUAGAAGAAGGCCAGUUCUCUCAUCAAGUGGUCAACGAUAACAAUUUUUAUGGACAUCCUCCUUUUUGGAGUUGC